ACUUCCCAUCACACACGUUGGACUAAAAACGUUGUUGUCAAGUUUGAGGCAGCAUUACUCUUAAGAUAACCAGAUCACCUUUACAGAGUUGUUUUAUCGACUAAUGAAAUUGGCAGUGCUGGUCUAUAAAAAGGAAGCUGCUGCUUUGUCAAGCUCGUGGUGAAACCAUUGAUUGCAUACAGCUACGGAAAAACAGAUAUGGCUUCCUCUAAGAUCCUUCACAGUUGUACCACUCAGAAACGUCGUACUAUCCUUAACAGGCUUCACACUCUCUUCCACUUCACGGCCACACUGUUGUUGCUUUACUACCGGGUCUCGCAUUUCUUUGAUGGAAAUAACAUGCCUGCUUUAGCAUGGGCUCUCAUGACCCUGUCUGAGCUCAUUUUCACCUUCAUUUGGGGGCUUACGCUCGCCUUUCGCUGGCAGCCUCUGUCUCGUAGCGUCUCUGUGGAUAAAAUUCCUGCUGACAUGGAUUUGCCAGGGCUUGAUGUGUUUGUAUGCACAGCUGACCCGCAAAAGGAGCCUACUGUGGAGGUUAUGAACACAGUUUUAUCAGCCUUAGCACUUGAUUAUCCUCCGGAGAAGUUAGCUGUGUAUCUUUCGGAUGAUGGGGGUUCUUAUAUUACCUUGUAUGCUCUAAAAGAAGCUUUUAGGUUUGCGACAUGUUGGCUUCCAUUUUGUAAGAAGUAUGGAAUCAAGACUAGGUGCCCCGAGGCUUUCUUUUCCUCGUUAGCAAAGUAUGAACAGCUUCCUACGACUGAUGAAUUUAGUGCAGAGGAUGAGGAACUUGAAAUGAAAUACAGAUUGGUCAAGAGAAAUGUUGAGAAAGUUUGCGAAGAAGCAAGCAUUUAUGCUGUACAGGAUCGGCCUGCUCAUGUUGAGAUUAUACAUGGUGAUACUGAUAUGAAGGAUGAAGACAGAACUAAAAUGCCUCUCCUUGUUUAUGUCUCUCGCGAAAGAAGACCUUCUAAACCUCAUCGUUUCAAAGCUGGAGCUCUCAAUGCGCUUCUUCGAGUUUCAGAAAAAUUUAGCAAUGGCCCCUGCCUCUUGGUAUUGGACUGUGACAUGUACUGCAAUGAUCCUACUUCUCCUACACAAGCAAUGUGCUUUCAUCUCGAUCCAGAAAUGUCUCCAUCUCUAGCUUUCGUUCAAUUCCCACAGAUGUUCUAUAAUAUCAGCAAGAAUGACAUAUAUGAUAACCAAGCCCGAUCAGCUUACAGGAUAAAGUGGCAAGGAAUGAAUGGGAUAAGAGGGCCAUCACUUUCAGGUACCGGCUUUUACCUAAAGAGGAAGGCAUUAUAUGGAAGUCCUAAUUUUGAAGACAAGCAUCUCUUUGAGCCUCAAAGCAGUUUUGGUAUGUCUAGCAAGUUCACAGAUUUGCAGAAAUUUAGCAGUGAACAAGAAAUUGCCAGAUUUGAAGGUCCAUCAGAUGCUAUCUUAAAAGAGGCCAAACUUUUGGCCUCCUGUGACUAUGAAAGAAACACAAAAUGGGGUGAAGAGAUAGGUUUCUCCUAUGAAAGUCUGUUAGAGAGCACAUUUACAGGGUACCUUCUGCACUGCAGAGGAUGGACUUCGGUUUAUCUUUGUCCAACCAGGCCAUGUUUUCUGGGGUGCACCACUAUUGACAUGAAGGAUGCCUUAGUUCAACUUGUGAAAUGGAGCUCUGGGUUGUUGCAAAUCGGUCUUUCAAGAUUCAGUCCUCUCUCGUAUGGCGUCUCAAGGAUGUCCAUUCUGCAAAGCAUGUGCUAUGGAUAUUUUACUUUUCAACCCCUUUUUGCCAUUGCUUUACUGAUAUAUGGCAUAGUUCCCCAACUGUGCUUCUUGAAAGGCAUUCCCUUGUACCCCAAGGUGUUAAGCCCAUGGUUCGCUGUCUUUUCGACUGUUUAUCUAUCUGCACUAGGACAGCAGCUACACGAGGUCUUAUCUGAUGGAGGCACAAUAUGGACAUGGUGGAAUGAACAGAGAAUUUGGGUGAUAAAGUCAGUUUCUGGUAGCUUAUUUGGAUGCCUAGACCUUUCAAUGAAACGGUUGGGAGUGAAGAAAACAACUUUCAGGCUGACAAAUAAAGCAGUGGACAAAGAAAAGCUCGAAAAAUACGAAAAGGGUGAGUUCGAUUUCCAGGGGGCUGCAAUGUUCAUGGUUCCAUUGUCAGUCCUGGUCAUAUUGAACAUGGCAUGCUUCAUUGCUGGAAUAAGGGGAGUUAUCAUCAGAAAGAAUUAUGGAGAGAUGUUUGGGCAGAUUUUUCUCUCCUUGUUCAUCAUGGUUCUUAGCUAUCCCAUGAUUGAAGGGUUACUGAAAAAGAGCAAAAAGGAGCAGUGAGAACUUAGGGACUAGAGAGAUUCUAAAGUAGAUAUUUUCUGUUUUUUUUUUUUCAUAAAUAAGAAUAUGUUU